AUGGCGGUCCAAUAUCCGCAGUUGGCCGUGGCGCUCUUGGGCGCUUGGAUCUUGUAUUCGCUCGUCAAGUCGAUUAUCUCGAACAUUCAAAAUCGCCGCAAAGCGCAAGCUCUAGGCUGUCUGCCGCCACAUGAUGUUGCGAAUUCCUUUUUAGGGAUCCCAGCAUACCUGGAGACUGUCGAAGCCGCUCGGCAGUAUAAACCGAUUCAAUAUGGGAUGAGCUUGCAUGCCCGCGGCGGAAAUACUUUCGUACAGACGGUUCUAGGAGCGCGUCAAAUCGCAACCUUUGAGCCUGAGAACGUCAAGGCAGUCCUAGCGACCCAAUUCAGUGACUUUGCUCUUGCAACCCGAAGUAAGGUUUUUGGGCCUUUUCUCGGGGACGGCAUCUUCACGUUGGACGGUUCUGGAUGGUCGCAUUCGCGCGCCAUGCUGCGCCCACAGUUUGCUAGGGAGCAGAUUGCAGAUAUCAGUAUGCUUGGAGAACACGUCGAUAGCCUAUUUGACACUAUGCCUUGCGACGGACGCCCAUUCGAUAUUCAGGACCUUUUCUACCGCCUCACUUUGGACACAGCGACUGAGUUCCUGUUCGGUGAAUCGACCUUUUGCCUGUCGCCUAGGAAAGCAGCAAGCUCUGGCCCGCUAUCCAAGACUAGUGGGGAGAAGGGCUUUGCUUAUGCCUUCAACCGGUGCCAGGAUGACAUGCUGAAUAGACUCCGCGCCCAAAACUUCUACUGGCUCAUUAACCCUCCCGAGUUCCGCAAGGCCGUGAAAACCGUGCACAAGGUCGUUGAGUACUAUGUUGACAAAGCCCUGGAAAAACGAAAUAGCUCUGAAGAGGAGAAGAGCAUUGACAGCCCCAACUCACGAUACGUCUUUCUUGAAGCGGUAGCCCGCGAGACCCAGGACCGCAAAAUCCUGCGCGACCAGAUGCUGAAUAUUCUGGUUGCUGGUCGAGACACGACCGCCAGUCUGUUGACCACGUCCUUUUUCUAUCUGUCUCGAAACUCUGCCAUCUGGGACCGCCUACGCUCGGAGAUCCUAGCCGUCUUCCCCGCGUCCGAGAACGACGACAAAAUCACAAUCGGCCAACUCCGCGAGGUCAAGUAUCUGAGAUACUUUAUUAACGAAGUCCUACGGCUCGUUCCGCCGGUGCCCUUCAACCAUCGCUUCGCGAUCAAGGACACUAGCAUUCCAUCCGGCGGUGGUCCGGACGGAAAAUCACCUGUUUUCGUCCAGAAGGGCAUGAAAGUCACCUACUCUGUCGCCGUGAUGCAUCGCCGCAAGGAUAUCUGGGGUGAUGACGCCGAACAAUUCCGCCCAGAGCGCUGGUACGAGAAGAGCAAACAUGGCUGGGAAUUUCUGCCUUUUAACGGCGGCCCUCGUAUCUGUCUUGGCCAACAAUAUGCCCUUGCCGAAGCCAGCUAUGUUCUCGUACGCCUUUUACGAAAAAUAGAGCGCGUGGAAAACGCACAACCCCAAAUCAUUGAUCCCCUUCUUAAGCUGCAGCUGACUAUGGGACAUGCAGAGGGAGUCAAGGUACGGUUGUAUGCUAACUAG